UAUUUUAUUUAUUUAUUUUUUCUGAUAUUUAUAUAUCUAUUUUUGUGAUAUAUAUGAUUGUGUGAAGCUCCUUCAUACAUCUUCGCCGUUGGCCUCAUUUGCUUCUCCAUGACCGUUUAGCUUUUAUUUAUACUUGGCCGGAAAUUAUUAACAUGAGCUCCCUCAGAAAUUAAUUGGAUGAUAAUAAUACUCAAGAAAUUUAUGCAUAGUAAAUAUUAAUAGUAUGAUUAUUUACAAAUCACUGUGUGCAAUUCUUGUCUAAGCUGCUUUUGUAUUCGUCUUAAUUUGCUGAGACUUCUAUCUGAUGUUGUUUUUUGUAUAAUUAUUUUAAUAACAUCUUAAAAAAUAUAGAAAAGAGAAAAUUUGUUUGCUUGGUAGGCUUUGCCGCGGUGGCCGAUGGUGGGUGACCUUAUUAUGUUGAAUCGCCGCGUGAAGUAAAUAAGAGAAAAAUAUUUAAAUUUCUAUCCUUCAUAUUCAAAUAAUCCUUACAAUAUUAAAUUAUAUUGGUCAUCGAGAUAUUAUAUUACCAAGAGCCGGAACUUUGUCUGUCAUCUUUUCCCUGGCAGAUUUUGGUACAACCUUCCCGAUUUAUAUAUUCACAUACUAUAAUUCUUGAAAUUAUUUAUGAAAUGGAUGGAUAGAAGCUAGCUCUAGGAGAGUCUAUAUGAUGAAUCUAUAUUCCAAUUAAGUUCUAGAUUAUUAGGGUUUUAAAAUUUAUUAGUAUUUUGACAAAAUGUUCUCAAUUUCAAAAAGUGGCUGGUUAUGGUUUGCUUGAUGAUCCUGGUCAGCUGAAGACGUAAAUAAUUAUUAUAGUAUCUACUGUAUAUAAAUUAUGAAGCACAGAGGUAAAAGUCUUCUCUAGAUAGAAUACUUUGAUUAAAAAUAAUUCUUCUUUAUAUUUUAUGUACUGAAUAUAUACCCCGCCAGGUAAGAAGCCGUACCCGUUUUAGUCCUUUUCACCGCCCAAACAAACGGGGUAGCUAGCUGGCUAUUUGGGUAUAAAUAAACUAUUGAGAGAAGCAGGUUUCAUUUUUUGCUGUGCUGCAUAAGGGACCAUUUGUCCUUUAUCUACUUAUCUUGACAAACACACAGUGAAUUGCCAUCAUUUUUUUCCUUUUCAUUCUUUGUUAUUUUAGGAAACCAUCCUAAACAAAAUUAAUUAAACCAUAGAUUGCAUUUCACUUUCUUAACAAAGGUCGUGUUUACUUGUUUCGUUUAGAGCUAAACUAGUUUCUUAAUUAGUUGUUAGAUCUUAAUAAGAUGCGAGGAAGAGGCAAACGCACUCACGAGCUACACAUGGCCAAUGUUUUAUAGUUCUUUUCAUUAUGUGAUGGUGAGUUCCUUCGAUGUUGCUUUCGUGGAGGACCGAGCAUCCCAGGCGAAGGACAAGUGUCACCUAAACCGUUCAUCUAGCAUUUACUCUUUGCUUUGUACACGUGGCCUAUUAUUGCCUACAAACAGUGGGCCAUUUCGGUGCCAUGUCCCUUUCGUGAAUCUGGAAGGGACUCGAUUCUAUCCGCUUCUCUUCUCUUCCCUUCUUAGUACCUCGGUGAAAGUUUCUGAUCUUGAAGGAAAAGUAGUGGGCCUAUUUUUCGGUGCCAACUGGUACCCACCAUGCCGUGGAUUCACCCAAAUGCUAGUUGGAAUCUACGAGGAGCUGAAAAGCAGUGUCCCUCAACAAUUUGAGAUUGUGUAUGUGUCCUCUGAUGAGGAUUUGGACGCCUUUAAUGGCUUCUAUGGAACCAUGCCGUGGCUUGCAAUUCCAUUCUCAGAUUUGGAAACAAAGAAAGCCUUGAACAGAAAGUAUGACGUGGAAGGCAUUCCAUGCUUGAUUAUGUUGCAACCCGAUGGAAGCAAAGACGAUGCAACAAUUCGCGAUGGGGUUGAACUUAUAUAUCGCUAUGGAAUCCAAGCUUAUCCUUUUAGUAAGGAGAGGUUGGAGCAGUUGCACGAGCAAGAGAGAGAGAAGCGUGAGAACCAGACUCUCGCUAAUUUACUUGCUAACCACCAUAGAGACUAUGUUUUGGGUCAAACCGGACUCAUUCAGGUACCUAUUGCAUCUUUAGUGGGUAAAACUGUUGGACUCUACUUUUCAGCGGAAUGGUGCGUGCCAUGCGCGAAGUUCACUCCGAAACUAAUUUCCAUUUACCACAAGAUCAAGCAGGAGCUAAGUGAAAAGGGUUCAGAGGAAGACUUUGAAAUAGUGCUGGUUUCCCACGACCGUGACAAAGCAUCAUUUGACUCUUACUACGGUACCAUGCCAUGGCUAGCUUUGCCUUUUGGGGACCCAGAGAUCAAGAACCUCGCUAGGCACUUCGAUGUGCAAGGGAUUCCUUGCUUGGUAAUCAUAGGCCCCACUGGUAAAACCAUAACGGGGCACGGGAGGAACUUAAUAAACUUAUACCAAGAAAAUGCAUACCCUUUCACCGGUGAGAAAGUGCUGCAGCUGGAGAAACAACUAACUGAAGAGGCGAAGGGGCUUCCAAGAUUGGUGCGCCAUGAAGGGCAUAGACAUGAGCUGAAUUUGGUGUCUGAUGGGAAUGGAGGUGGGCCAUUCAUAUGCUGUGUGUGUGAUGAACAAGGAUCUAAUUGGGCCUACCAGUGUCUCGAAUGUGGCUAUGAAGUGCAUCCAAGGUGCGUUACUAAUGCUCCAGAACAUGACAAUAAUGUCGUCGUGGGAAGAUGACACCCCUAGCUAGGCCUAGUGGUGCUAUGCAUGCUGAUGAUAAUGCUGAUGAUGAUCAUGGUUGAUUACAUUUAAUUUCCUGUGUCAGUGGCCAAGAAAGAGGGUAUAGUGAACCCUUGAGUUAUAUUUGUCCUAAUCUAUUUCACGGAUUGAGAUUCUAUUUUAGAAUUGAUUAUAUAGGAUUUACAUUUUA